AGUAGUAGUAGUUGUAGUAAUAAGAGUAGUAAUAGUAGUUAUGCGUGUAAUGUCAAUAUGGUUCAUUUUGUAACUGUAAUUGGAAAGAUUCUCGACUUUGUUUCUUAAAGGCGUGACGUAAUUAGAGAAAACGUAUGUAUUUUAAGGGACACUAGUCUGUACUUCAUUAUUCCUGUUUAUUGCUAUUAUACGAGUUUGUUGAUAGUUUUUCUUGUAUAUACUAUUUAAAUCUACUAUUCUGUAAUGUUUAAUACUACUACUUAUUAUGUUUAAGUGGGAGAAGUCAGAGAAAGAGCUAUAUUUAUAAUUUUUACUUUUAAGGUCAAUAUGGUCCAUUUUAUUAAGUAAAUUUGUAUGAUGCUCGACCUUAUGUUUCUUAGAUAAGUGACGUAAUUAGAGAAAACGUAUGUUUUUUAAGGGACACUAAUCUAUACUUCAUUAUUCCUGGUUAUUAUUAUAUUAGAGAGAGAGAGAGAGAGAGAGAGAGAGAGAGAGAGAGAGAGAGAGAGAGAGAGAGAGAGAGAGAGAGAGAGAGAGGAGGAUUUAGUAUGUCUUCUAUAUAUGUGUGUUUUCAUUAUCAUCAUCGUCUUAUUCUUUUCUUCUUCUUCUCCUUCUUCUUGUUAUUAUUAUUGUUAUUAUUAUCAUUAUUGUUAUUAUUAUUAUUACUAUACACACACACUCACACACACAGUAGUAGUAGUAAUUAUAAUAGGAAGAAGAGAAACAUGAUGAUGAUGAUGAUAAGGAGGAGGAGGAGGAGGAGGAGGAGGAGAAGGAGAAGAAGGAGGAAGAAAAAUUGUUGUACUUUUCUGUAAUAUAUUUCUAAAUAACUAUAAGUGGAAAAGCAGAACUAAUAGUGCACCAUGAUAGUCCAUUAAAUUGUUCAUAUCUGACUAUCGCCAUCAUCAAUUACAAAUUAAUUAAAAAAAAAAAAGAAAAAUAUACAGCAAUUCUAAUUUUGAGGCACCUAAAUAGUUUCAACAUUUUUCACAAUAUCUAAAUAACUAGCAGACGAAAACAAAAUGUAGUAGUACACCAUGAUAGUCCAUUAAAUUCAUCAUCUCUGACUAUCACCAUCACCAAUUACAAGUUAGUUAAUAAAGAGAAAAAUUGAAAAAAAAUAUAUAUAGCAUAUCAAAUUCUAAGACACCCAGAUGCUUUCAACAUUUUUUCUGAAUAUCUAAAUAACUACCGCCAAAGAAACAAAAUCAAUAGUACACCAUGAUAGCCCAUUAAAUUCCCCACAAUUUCCUAUCAACACUAUUCAAAAAGUAUAUUAAAAAAAAACAUGAAAACAAAAAAAACUCUUCAAAAACUCCCAAAAGACACUGAACAAAGAUCAAGAUUCAAGAUUGUAAACAUAGGACGGAGCGGAGCGGAGUGGCAGACCCUGCUCCGCGGUGUGUACAAGUGGCUUUGCCUUGCUCUCUGAGUUUUCUCUGAGUUUUGUGGUUUAUAUUUCUUGCCUGUGUGCUGAAAUACCCUGAAAAUGGUGAUGAGCGCGUUUGGUUCAUGCGAGGAGAGUGUGGCGAACAGGCAAAGGGCUGUGGCAUGCGAGAGAUGCAUGGCCUGGUUCCAUGUAGCCUGUGUGGGCAUGAAGGAGGCCAACAUGAAGGCGCUGGGGUUCGAGCUUCUGGUGUUCCUCUGCAGGGAAUGCCUGAGCAAGAGCCUCAAUGAAUGGAGGAACCAGGAUGAAGAAAAAGAAAAAGAAGAGAGAGUGGAGCAGAGCACCCAGACAGAAAACCUGAUGAAAGAGGCAGAAGCACAGACGACGAAGACUGAAGAGAGAAAAGACCAGCAAGAAGUGGUGGAAGUGGCCAGAACAGACAGACGCCCAAGGAAGAAGAGAAUGGUAGUCAAGAAAGCCCCAGUACGUGUCAUUGGAGACAGCAUGGUAAGGAAGACUCCUGACUUUGUGAGAAGGGAAAUUGAGUGCACCAGCAUGGGAGGUGCUAAGAUCCAAGACAUCAAGAGGAAAGUCAAGGAAGAAGUGCAAGAAAUGGAAGAGAGAAGCCUGCUAGUUGUCCAAGGAGGAGGCAACAACUUAGUAGAGGCAGGUGCUGAAGACACAGUAAAGGAAGUGAUAGAAGCAGUGAGGGCAGCAGAAGAAAAGAAGAUGUGUGUGGCUGUGGUGGGGGUCCUGCGGCGCCCACGGGAAGGAGUGCAGUAUGAGAAGGUUAGAAGAGAAACGAACCGCAAGAUAUGCAUGGAACUCAUGAAGAUCAAGAUGGAAUGGAUGGCAGAGAAGAAGGGCAACGUGAGCUUCCUGGACAUGGAUGGGAUCCUUGACCAGGACAAAUUCUUCGGGAGAGACGGGGUCCACCUCAACCACAACGGGAAUGAGAGGCUAGGACGUCGACUGGCUGAGUGGAUGAGGGCGAGGCAGGUGUGUUGUGUGGACGAUGCAUGACGAGGAGGACCCACUGAUGUCAGCAAACAUGGAAGAAAAGAGACUAACCAGGAGUUUCCGAUCCAAAGGCCUGGCUCAGGAGUGAUCCUGUGCCACCUGUACCAUCAAGAUCAAGAUCGAGAGAGAGAGAAAAAAGAGAGGCCAUGUUUGAGCUAGUUCACUUAUCUGUGGUUCCUCUCCCCCUCUCUCUCUCUAAUUAGAGCGAAAAUGGAGGCGGAGGAGCUCAAGGAUGAAGCCAACGACUAUUUGAAAA